GUGGAGACCAUCGGUGACGCGUACAUGGUGGUGUCCGGGCUGCCCGAACGCAACGGCGACCAGCACGCCAAGGAGAUCGCGCUCAUGGCGCUCGCCAUCCUGGACGCGGUGCGCACCUUCCAGAUCCAGCACCGGCCCGAGCAGCAGCUUGCCGUGCGCAUCGGCGUGCACUCGGGCCCCGUGUGCGCCGGCGUGGUCGGCCAGAAGAUGCCGCACCUCUGCCUGUUCGGCGACACAGUCAACACCGCCUCGCGCAUGGAGUCCACAGGGCAACCGCAGAGAAUACACGUGUCGGACGCGGCGCGCCACCUGCUGGACAAGCUGGGCAGCUUCCGCAUGGAGGAGCGCGGCUUCGUGGAGCUGAAGGGCAAGGGCCGCCUGCGCACCCACUGGCUGCUGGGCUGCACCGCCCCGGACCCCCGCGCCGAGGUGCUCGCCGAGGGGCUGGGCGAGGGCCCCUGCCAAGCCUGUCACUGCGAGGCCUCCGACCAGGGCAACCCCUACCCGCUGCUCUUCCCCGCGCUGUCCUCCUCCAAGUAGUGGGCCGAGCUGACAGACGACGCCGUGUCAAGGCGAGGGGCCGAAGCGAACCGAACCAGGAGAAACACUCCAGGAGCUGAGAGGUAGCGCAAGCAGUCGGCCCGGUCGGCGCGCCUGCGGGCUGCAGGUCCAGGAGUGGGAGCCAGCGCCAGAGGCAGAGCACUAGUUCCUAACUCACCACCACCAUGCUCUGUCAUCCUACACUCACCCCAUCCUCGAGUCAUCAUCUUCUUCUUCCUUUGCCUUUUGUGCUUUCACCUGCAACGUAGAUGUCUAAUAGAAAUAUGUUUCAGCUGUGCUAAAGUCAGCUAAAGUGCUAUUUAUGUAUCAUCAUUUUUCAAUCGUUUUCUCUCAUGCAUCUAUCUGAAAGUGAUGGUGUCAUUGCUUUUGUUUGUUCUGUGAUAUUGUUUCAUUUGUGUUUCAUCAAAUUACACUCAUCCCAACAUUCCACUUUGUUUAGUGCAAUCUAAGCUAACAUACUAUCACCCCAUUGACUAAUUUAUUUUUUCUGUUUUGUUUUUAAUUGUUUAUAUGUGAUUUUCUCCAAAGAUGAUUUGUGGUAAUCGUACUGUUUUACUAUCACAAAUGCCAUGAAUUGAUCCGAUGCCAUUCUUGAUUUAGCUUUUAAAGACCUAGAUGUGUUGUCAAUUAAGAUUCAUAGGUAUAGGGGCACAAAACUUGUGUACUUCAAAGAAUAUUUAAAACUAAAGGCCUGUUUGUAAUUACAGAGGCUUUGAGAAGUAACCCCAAAUAUCUAAUACUAAAAGCUAUAGGUCAAAAGACUAGUAAUUUAUUUUGUCUGAAUAGAAAAGUUGAUUAUUAAGUAGAUGUGUUUGUGCGGAUAGAAGCCUGUGACUUCUUCCAAAUAAAUGUGGAAUUUAA